CAACCAUAUAUAUAACCUAUAGAACAUGAUGUAAUCUUUAUCAUUCAAGGCCACCUUUAAACGAAGCUCUACAUUUUUUCUGAAUCACAAUCGCUCUCCCUUUUUUCCUGUUGUUUUAUCUUGAAGGAAAAUCGCGCAAGUCAUUUUCCGAAACAAAUCAUUUGCACAAUAUCACUUGACACUAAAAGACGAGACAAAUUCAAAGCAAAAAGUGCACAUUUUGUAUUUCAAUACUUUUUGCUUACGCAUCCAUAUAUAUAGAGCAGCACAUCGUAUUGACAAAAAAAUUACAUAUAUCAGAUAUAUCACCGAGCGACGGGCGUUUACAAAAACAAAAACGCAAGAGAAUGGCGUCUCGCAAUCUGCUAGUGAAUACUGGAAAUAUAUUAUCGCUGAGUGAUUUAAAAAGGAAAGCUGGACAAAAUCCUUCAGAAGAACUUAUCGAAGCUCUAAAAAUCACUCUGAACGAGCCACGAAGCAAGUAUGAUACACUUAACACGAUAAGCUGUAAUGAAAAUCUAUCGUUGACCGAUAUUGAGAGAAACGAGCUGAAGAUUAGUGUCAAAGUUUUCAUUCCACAAGCCAAUAAAAAAGCCCUUGGUGAAGCUCUUGAUCAAGUUUUAACAAGCUUGGAUGCUGGUUCUCUAGAAUCUGUUGUUAUAUCUUAUGACACAAUUGGCAAAACUCCUGAAGAUAUAUUAUCUGCGUUGAAACAAUUGUGGCCAGUUCUUGAACAUUAUGUACAGGAGGGAACAAUUUCUGGUGCUGGUGUGAGUGACGUCGAUACCGAUGUGUUUGUUCAACUUCAUGAAUGGGCAGCGGACGUAAAACCUAACAUUGUUCAAAUAAAUCUUGCCAGUUGUUGCGUUGUGCCUCCUGCGCUGCAGGAAUUCACUAAGAAAAACUUCAUACAGCUUCUCACACACAGUGAUCCUUGUCAAUUAUUGCCACCCGAAGCAAUCAGUGAAGUAUUCGGUCCUGAGACAACUUUGAGCUGGGUUGCUCGUUAUCAGGUCCACGUCAAAUGCCGAGGAGUUCUUGCAUCGAAAGGAUAUCUCGUAUCUUUGAGAAAAGAAAAACUCACGUCGGGGUGAGACAUUCCUGACUCGAAAAUCCCAAUAUUUUUCUAUCAAUUAUUUUUCUGUAAAUCUACAAUCACGAAGUUCAUUUGUAAAUUAAUAUUGAAUCGCCAUGAACAUAUAAAGAAAACGAGUAGUAAGGGACACGAGGUGCAAAGAUGAUCAAAUUGAGCGAAAUAGCCAAUUAGCUUAAUGAAAUCCGACAUACUUUUAGUGAAAAUGAAUAUUUUAGAGUUUGUCAAAUUGAAUUAGUUUCCUGUUCAAUUUUUUUUUUUGUAUUGAUGUUUUAUUAUUUGUUCAAAAUAUGCGGACACGAAAAGAAAGAAUAUAUAUAUAUAUAAUUUCCUUUUAUUUCAUUAAUAAAUUGAAAGAACAACAAAUUAUUAUUAUGAUACGAUUAGUUGGAAUUAUUGUAAUGCUACUAGUUUCAGACCCACGUUAUGAGUAGAUCAUAUCUGGUACCAGCAGAAACGUCACAAAACGACAUGGAAAAAAGGAUUACGGUAGUCGUGAAGGUUAUAUAAAAAUCUUUAUACAUUGAAAGCUCUAUCGUUUUAAUAAUAUAAAUGGUACAAAAAAGCUACUAAUGCACUCGAGGGACAAGGUUCAAGUGGCCGCAAAAAUUACGAACAAAAUAAAAAAUUUUAGAAGAAACAAAGAGCUCAAAUACAAAGCAAGGUCCAGUAGGAGUAUUAUGCAAAAUCUUGUUCUAAAUUUAUCAUAUGCUGACCGAGCGAACUUUGAGGAGGAAAAUUCCACGUUGACAUCCCCAAAAAAUUCAAGUUUCAGCGCAAAAUAGAUCCCAAACUAUUUUCUCACUA